AUGACAUGGUUGUCAAAGCUGAAUGUAUUUCAAACUUCGUUACCACCAGCCAUCACAAAAAUCAAUCUAGAUAAUAAAAAAUUACUCAACAAGAUUUUGCACUCCGAGGUGAUAAACUCACAGUUAGAAGUUGAAUUUGUAUUAUCAUGUAUGGGAGAUAGUUGUCAAUCUCCAUCCAAGCCUCUGGAAGCUAUUAAUAUAAAUGACCACAGCAACAGAAACGAUAACGAAGAUAAAGAUGACCAAAACGACACAGAUGAACACGAGGACAAAGAAGAUUCAUCCCCUAUUGCUUCAAAGAUUUUACAAUAUACACAGUUAGAAGAAUCAAAUUUCAAAUCUCACUUCUUCAUCACCAGGAGCUCAUUUCAAAUAGCUUGCGGUCAUUUAAUGCAAGAAUACGGUACUAUGGCAUACAAGAGGACUGAAUUUGAUGUUGAAAAACAAUUGCUGGUUACUCUAACAUACUUGGGAACUGUUCUGAGUUACAAGGAAAUUGGAUCAAAAUUUAAUAUUGCUAUUAGCACAGCUCAUAAAUGUGUUAGUGAUGUCUCAAACACAUUGUUUAAACGUAUGGGUGAAAUUAUCUAUUGGCCGAUUAAUCAACAAGCUGAAUCUGAAAUUGAAGAAUUCAAUGAAAUGCCAGGAAAUCGUUUUCCUGGCAUACUUGGUGUAAUUGGAAUGGUAGACUUGAGAAAAACUUGCACAGCCAAUCCAUCCAAACAUACCAAAGAUGGGUCUUCAAUUGCCAUUCAGUGUGUAUGCAACAACAGGUAUCAGUUUUAUAACGUUUUUACCAGUUAUUUGCUCAAGUCAUCUGUUACUUCAUCAACAUUCCUAGAGAGUCCAUUAGCUGAAAUGAUUCUUAAUGAUCCAGACAGACUAUUUCCAAACACUGAGAGUCAUAUUGUUGGACAGUGCUGUUUCCCUCUUCUACCCAAUUUAAUGACUCCAUUUUCUGGUGAUACUUAUAAUACAGUAUCACAAGACGCCUAUAAUGAUGCCAUUGAGGUACCAUUGAACAUUGUAAAGUUGGCGUUUGGUAAACUAUUAGGGCGGUUCUCAAGACUGUUGUGCUUAGAUUUGUGGGGACAGGACAAGUUUGCCAUACUAAUAUUUGCUGCUAGUUGCUUACACAAUAUAUGUUUAAGUAACGACGAUGACAUAGACUGUCCACCUUACGAGUGCUGCACUUUCAAAUGUGAUUAUUAUGAUGAGUAUAGUGUGGAAAAACGCCAAAAUAUAUGCUCCAAAAUUAGAUCUUGA